GCGAAAUUCAAUUUCACUUCCGGUUGGCAGGUGCUUUUUAACAUUGUUGAACCUAUUUGAGGCUAUUGAAUGUUCCGAAAGUUUUAAAGUUAACAGCAACCGUAGUUAAUGUUUGUUAUCUGGUAAAUUUGUUGCUUUAAGUUUUCUCCUAGAUUAUAAACACCCAGAAUGGCUGCAGAAGAAGGGCCAGACACACCGACAGACACACAGUCAGUGCCUACACAGCUAACAAGUACUCCAUAUGACGGUGAUUCGAAACCAAAUGUUGCUGAAAUGUUCAAACGGAUGGGUGAUAAAUUAGGCUGGUUCCAGUUUGAUGAUUUAGAAACAGCUCGUAAGAUAUUGACCGAUAGCAGCAAGAAAAAGUCCACAAAAUCCAGAAUUGGCAAAGAAACUCAGCACAGAAGAGCAUAUUUUGCAGGAAAAAAGUUAUUAGAAUCUGAAAUGUCUACAGAGAAGAUUUCAUUCAAGUUGUCACCACUGCAGGAGAAAGUAGUACAAAACAUUAGCAAUGAAGACUUUGAAGAACCAAUCCCACCGCAUAAAUCAAAAGCCUGCACUGAUUUAACAAAAGAAUGUAAGGAAAAAAAGAAAGUUAUAAAGAAAGUAACACGCAUUUCCAUUAUUCCAUCAGUAAAUGCGGAAAAUGUUUCCCCAGUUUUUGCACAACACAGUGACAAGAGAUACUCCAUUUCCAAUGCUGAUGCAGGGAAUCCCAUUCAAGAAUCUACCAGAAUUCACAGCAGACAAAGCAUUGACCAGUUACUGGGCAUGUCCAGCGAAUCCAGCCAAUCAUGUAAAGACAACACAGAAAAUGACACAGAGGAGGAUUCCUAUAGACAACUGAAUAUACAGAAAAAUCAUAAACAUUCUGAUUCUGGUGAUGUAGGACUGACAAAGGCUCCAAGUAGGAUUCAGAUAACCAGAUCAGAUCAGGAAGACACACAGCUUUACACAACAGCUCAAAGUGAAAUCUUGGAAACUGAUCCUCUGUAUCAGACUGGGAUGGAAAAGGAGGUUGAAAUAUUGGAUGGAAAUCCUUCAAAUUCGAUGGAGGCAUCAGAAGAUGUCCAGAACAUUCUAGAAAGUUCUGUAGAGAGUACAAAAAGGAUGGACAGCUCUUCCUACAUUGAGAUGGAGGAUGCAUCAGCUCAGGUGGAUGUAAGUGACGGAAAUCAUAAGCUAGAUUCCAAAUCUGAAUUCCAAAAUCCGAAUGGAGCUGGUUCUAAAUCUUCUCCAAAUGGUUCAUUACUGAAAUGCAGUGAUAAUUCAGGAUUAGACUCUUUAUGUGAACAGAUUGUAAAAGUUGCUCAUGUUCAUUCUCAAGAAGAAUCAAAUGUAGUGGAAGAAAGUGAUGAUUUAUCAUCCAUUGAGAUAGGAGAUGUCUCCUUACAGACUAGUGCAUUUCUUCUUAGUCAGAAAAAUUCAAAUAUUGUUACAGAAUCAGACUCAUCAUAUGUGGAAGUAACAGAAACAUCAAUCCAAACAAGUUUCACAGGUGUUUUACCAAAAGACAAUGGACAUAAGUCUUUUGCAUCAUUAUGUGAUCAGGAAUCCAACAGAUCUGAUUCUGCAGGGAUGAAUGAGGGAAAUAGUAUGAAAUCAGAACCUCAGAAUUCGUCUUCUGUACGUGAAGAAAACACGGAGAGAGCAGUGACAAGUAACAGUAAAGAAAACAAUGGCUUUGUUCAUCACAACAUCUUCAGCAGUGGUGAGGAGAGCUCAGAUGAUGAUUUCAUUACUUCAAAAGGUAAAGUUAUCCAAAAGACACCAAAGUCUACAAAUGUUGGAGUCAAGAAGCAGGAUGAAAAGGGCUCUGUGCACAAAGUGACAGAAGGUGGGAAAGUAAAGGCAGAAGUUAACACUGAGAGAUUAGAUUUGGAUGAUUCUUUAUCGGACAUUAUUCCAAGAGCAAGACACACUGAAGAGCCACCCAGGGUGGGUGCCGUCUGUGAGACGGUGAAAGGGCCGCAGUAUCCCGAUCUGUCCUCUGAUAGUGACGAUGAUGUAAGUGAAGAGAACGGAGAAGACUGGGUUGAAGGCGUACUCUCAUCAGAUUCCGAUGACUUUUUAUCUGACAGAGGCAUAUCUGUUAAAGAGAAGAGAAAAAACCUCAAAACUGGUCAACAACAACCCAGCACUGGCUGCUGGAGGACACCAAAGCAGUACAAAAGUGACUCCAGUGAUGAUGAGGAGGAGCUGGAAUCAUUCUUCCACAAAAUUAGAGCAUCAAAGAACUUCACACCAAAGGACGCUCCCAAGAAGAACAGAAGCCUAGAUGAGUUUAUUGUUGAUGAUGACGAAAUGAGCAGCAGUGACAAUGAUGCAGAAUUUUAUAUCACUACCAACUCUGUUUUCUCCACACCAAUCAGGAAAGUGGGACCGAUUGAGGUAUUUGAAGAUGAUGAUGCCUUCAAGUCUGACAUUAAACUCAUUCAAAGAAAAAAAAACGUAAGAAGGCAGAAGACGUCAUCAACAAACAAGAAGAAAAUAGAUGUUUGGGAUGACAGCGACAAAGAGGAAGAGGAGAAAUACAGCUUUCUGAAGUCUCUGUCUACUGACGCUCCAGAGGAUCUGUGUGACAGAGAAGCUCUCAGAUACUCCAAAAAUUUCAAAAAGAUGAAAGAAGAAUUGACAAAGAGACUGUUUAAAAUCUACAAUGAAACUGUAUUUGAUAAGCAGCUUCCAGAAGAUCUACCAAUCCAGUGGAACAAUCGUCUUCUGAAAACUGCUGGUUACUGUGUGUAUAAGAAGAAUGCCAAGGUCCACAACAGCAGUUCAGUCCGUAUUGAACUCUCCACCAAAGUCUGUGACUCAGCAGAGAGAGUACGGGACACGCUGAUCCACGAGCUAUGUCACGCUGCGGUGUGGAUUCUGCAUGGGAAGAAUGAUGGUCAUGGCCCCUACUGGAGGAUCUGGGCCAAAAGAUCAAAUCUGUCGCAUCCUGAAAUCCCCAUCAUUGCUCGUUGCCAUAGUUACAGUAUUACCACCAAAUAUACAUAUCAGUGUAGUAAAUGUGGAUACAGUAUUGGACGACACUCAAAAUCCCUGGAUACUUCACGGAAGGUAUGUGGAUUCUGUCAUGGAGAGUUUCUUCUGAUAAACAACAAGCAGACGUCGCGGAUUGAUCCCAGGUCAGGCUUCACCCCUUCAACCCCCAGGACACCCAACAAGUUUGCCAUGUAUGUCAAAGAGAACUAUGGAACUGUGAAGGGAAGAGAAAAAGGCCUCAAACACGGAGAUAUUAUGAAGCUGUUGGGCAAAGAGUUUGCAGAAAAGAACAAAAUCAGUUCCUAGUGUCUUUUAUAAUUUUUUUGUAAAUUUUAUCUGUUCAUUUACAAUUCGUAGCUGAUAGUGUUUCAUUACAUACAUUAUGUACCAAAAGUCGACAGUACUGAUGCAUUUUACUUAUUUUGGAGCGAAGGUAGAGAAAUACUUUGUAUGAACAGUCACUAAUGUGAAUCGUAUGAAAAUUAAAUCUUUUAUUUGAUAGUGAACUAUAUGUGUAACUGUUUUACCAUAUUUAAAAUUUAGUACAUGAUGA